UGACCUAGUCCUCGUUUUUCCUCCCAAACCUAUGGAACCGUAUGUGUUUUUGCCGCUGGACUCCCUCUCCUCGCCAUCUCUUUCAAAUCGCCUGCCCUCCCUGACCAAGCAUCCUGGAAAUGUGCCACAAACGAAUAUUCAUUCACCUCAGCAUCAUCAAAAUGUCUAUCCAGCAGUACCGUCAGUUCAUCAGUAUUCAGGAGCCGUUAGCCAACCUCAAUUCACACAACAACCAGUCUACAAGCCCAGGGAGCCUGCACAUCCGCCAGCACCAGCCUAUAAACAAGUGGAAACAUCCUAUUCGCCGGCACCAGUGUACAAGCACCCAACACCAUCACAGGCACCAGCACCAGUUUACCAGCACAAACCACUAUCACAUGAACAAGCUGCAAGUUUUCGACAUACAGCUCCUGUACAUUUCCAAAGCGCACCAAUAACCCCCACUGCAUUAAGACCACAAGCAUUCUCUAUUACAGGGCCAGUUUCCUUUGAGACAGAUGCAUUCACUCUUGAAAUUACAUCUGAUGAAAAGGGCUCAAACGAGUUCACAUCACAAGAGGUACGUUCGAAUUCAGUCGAGUCCCCAAAAAGUUUAGAAACCCUAAGCCCGCACAGUCUGCUUGACUUUAGGAACGGCGCAGCAUUGGUGCAUCCAGGACAUGGAUUGUUGUCGCAAUUAGCAAACCACGGCCUUCAGUCUUUCGUUGCUAAAAGGGAGUCACAACCCUCAAUACCCACACACUCACACGCGCUGCAAUACCCUGUAUCCUACAGCCUCGAAUCCAGCCCCUCUCAGGCGAUUGCUUUCCGUUCACAUCCCGGGUCCAACGCCUUUCGUCAUCCACCAGGCAAGACGCCACAGACAGCUCUGCCAAAAGCUCCUCCGCUCUCCAGCUCUUAUCAUCGCCCGGAGAUCAAGUCGAAGGAAGCAGUGCCUCAGCCGCAAGCUCGCCCUCUGCAGAAAGAAGCUCAGCUGUUUUCAAUCCAGUCGUUGCCUUUAGACUCCUUCCACCAGAUUACAGCGCCCCAGUACUUCCACGAGAAGCCCGUAAUCCAAAUCUUGCCUGAAACCCCGAAGCCGAAGACAUUCCAGGUAACGACAACGCCUCGUCCGCCCAAGAAUGCGGCGCCACGGAGAGAACAGCGCCCGGGCACUCCGAGCGGCUCAUCCGGGAGUGCCUUAGGCCAUUCCACUUCGAUACGACAGCCGUAUCCCUCUGCCCACUUGUUGCGCAACUACGCCCCCGCUCACUCAAAGGCUCCUAGCUCUGGCCUGAAGAACAAGCUGUCCAUCGCCCAGAUCUUGUCCUCCGUCGCGCGCCAUUCAUCGGAAUCCUUGGUCACCUCCGACUACUCCAACAUCGCUAUCGCCAACCAUCGCCGUCCUUCCCCGAGCACUUCUCCAGCACCCGCCACCGAGCGCUCCAAAACUGCCGUCGCUAACUAUCCUCCCAAUGCUUCGGCUUCUACUCCAACUCCAAUCUCGUCAUUACAAACCUUAUCGUCGGCGGGAUUGAAGGAAAUAAAGUCGCCGGUAUCAACAUUGCCUUCGCAAUCAGCCUCUUUAUCAUCCUCAUCGUCUUCCUCAUCACCAUCCACUGGCUCAUCAUCAUCAUCAGGUUCUGGUCCCAAAACACCUUCUCCUUCACCAUCAACACUGCCAUCUUUGUCACCAAAAAUAGUACUUUCAGUGUCAUCUUCUGUGAGUUCAUCUUCAUCACCCCAUUCACAUAAUCAGACUCGCUCACCUUCGCUGCCAUCAUCAUCACGUGUUCGAUCACAUUCAAGGGCAGCUUUCACGCGGCCGCAAUCGAUAUUAUCAACGACAACUCAGUCAUCUUUAUCCACUAUGCAAAUGUCGACUGCGUUAUCUUCACUAUCCUUACCUACAACCCCAUCAUUAUCUACACCUUCACCAUCAUCGCCAUUACCAUCAUCAUCAUCCUCGUCAUCUGUACCAUCCACAUCAUCACCUUCGUCAUCUCCAAUAUCUAAAUCAACAGCAUCGCCUCCUCAAUCAUCAUUAUCAUCUUCAUCAUUUAAAUCAUCAUCAUCAUCAUUAUCAUCACUAUCACCACUACCACCAAGACCACUCAAAUCAUCGCCAUCUUCACCAUCAAAAUCAUCAUUACCAUUUUCAAAAUUAAAAUCAUCAUCCACUGCAUCAUCGCCAUCGUCUUCCUUUUCAUCGUCGCCCGUUUUGUCUUCCUCUUCGUCUCUUCCUUCUUCCUCUUCUUCCUAAGCAUCCUUCCCUCCUGCACCCUCUUCCUUCCCUUCCGGACUCUCCCUCCCUUACCCUGACAAUCCCUUGCCUUGUCAUCCUUCCUCAUGCACGACGAAACAGACUUGGACCAGUAAGUACUGUGUUAGUUUUCUUCAUUUCGUUUCAACGUUUUUUUCUUCUUUUCGUCUCUUGUUUUCUUCCCUAUCUGGACUGUGGGUUCGAUUCUCUUCAAAUGCAUGCAAGGAGAUCUGAAUUGACACGAUUAAACGCAGGUGUAUGGAUUCACCAGUCAUUCCUCCUCCAUACGCACGUAUUGGUCGCUGAUUGGUUGAGCCACAGAGCUUGGCCAAUGAGCGAUUGCCACGUGGCGUGAGGAGACGGGUUAUCCUACAGGAACGUGUUAAUAACAUGUCCGUCGACAUGAAUCUGCACUUACGGAGAAGACUUGCAUGACAUGUUUUGACAGAAGGUGCUAUCCAUUACAUAAUGAUCACCAUAAUCAUGACAUGACAGUUGAUAAGACAGUGAUGGGAGAGGCGUUCCGGAAAUAAAUGUAUGUCGGACGGAUAAAUAAGAUAAUAGGAGAAUAAUAGCAUUGGGUGUAUAUUUGUAUAUAUGUACAUACCUAAAUCUUUCGCAAAAUAGUAAUACGAUGAUAUAUGAAAUUCUUUUGUUAAUCAAAAUUGAAGAAUAAAAUCACGUAAUAAUUUGAAAAUAAACAUCUAUCCUUUUUUGCAGUAUAUUUACUAAUAAGAUAUUAAUUUU